CCGACGUCUUCGACACCUCUGAUACCAUGUUGUUUACUCAGACUUUUGGCGUCUCGACAGCCCAUAUCUCAGUGGCAGGCGUCAUUGUCUGUCUGAUCCUCUUCACGCUACAACGCUUUUUGACUCUACGUCUACGACGAACAGGGAGGGAGCGAAAGGCUAGCAUCGCAAUCAGCAAAGAGAAAGACAAAGUCAAGACAGAUCUUCCAUACCUCUUACAAUUUCCUCCUUCAAGACGACAUGUCCUCGCUACGCUUCCAGGAUUUGAAAAGGUGGAUGUCCAAGCCAUCACACCUGAGAUGCUCAAGUCUCAAGCAUUACCAACAGUCACGACCCCCGACUUUGACAAGGAUGGCUUCUACACGCCUACCGGUUUCUCAACACAGGACAUCAAGGCACUCGGACGCUUCCCCGACUAUGCUGCCCUGAGCGGUGUCCGCGAUCCGAACCCCGUUCCGGAAACCUGGGACAUCACCAAAGCCAAGUUUCGGCCUUAUCGACCUUUUCGCUGGGGGUAUCAUCAGCACAUGGCCCUCAUGAAAUACGAUCCAGACUGGUGGGUCGAGCUCACCUCUUCUUACCACACCACCAUGGCCACCCGCCGCGCCUUACUCGCCCAACACGGCUCCAAGAUCUUUUUCCAAAACCCAUGCGCCUCGCACGCCAGCCGCGAACUAAUGGAGAUGGUCCUUUCUUUCUUGUGCAACCGAUACCCGCAGCAUUUUUCCCUAUCAUCCGAUCAAACCCUCUUCCACAACCACCUCCUCUGCACCACCACCCAUCUCUUACAAACCGACCCGCUGCAAGUCUUAUUUGAUAACGUCCCUGAAGACUACGCAAUCAUGAUGCGCAACGAGACCGACGGCCUCUAUUACCUCCGCGCCGCUAUCGUCUGUUCCAGCGUGGGAUGGUACGCCUCUCAACACCGCGACGCCCCGCUCAAGUCCAUCCACACGCAUGUACCGGACUAUGAAUCCAAGAUGGCGUUCUCCAUGGAUCGGUGGUUCAGCAAGUUAUCGACCGAAUCCCCCGUCAGCCGCUGCUCGUGGGGUCUAGAGGACUGGGAAGCGUUCCAUACGUCGCCUGAUCCUGACAGAUCUGUUUCGGGGGACACCAUGGAAUGGACGCGUUCAGCAUUCAAGGGCAGGGAAGACGAGGUGACGGUCAAGGAUAUCAAGCUGCGGUGUGAUGCGCAGACGUUGAGGAGGAUGCCGGUCAGUGGAGCCGUGGUGUUUAAUUUCAAGGCCAUCUUUUGGGACUUGGAGGAGCUGAGGGAGGAGAAGUACGUGCCGCGGUUGUUGGCGAAGGUGUUGAAGGAGGGGAAAAGGGAGUUGAUGGAGUAUAAGUGCGAGGAACAUGUGAGGCAGGUGGCCGUGAGGGCUUGUGAGCAAUGGGCGGAGGAGCAGGUUGAAAAGGGGUGGGUGUCGAGGGAGUGGGAGGUCGGGACCCUGGAGGAGAGCCCGUUUUUCCCGGGGUGGGAGGGGAAGUGGAGGGGGGAGCAGGGCUUUUAG